AUGACUGACGCGGAGGAGCCUGAGGAAGGUGGGGCGCGGGCGGUAAAUCCGUACAAAAUGGGCACCUACGAUUUAGUGCGCAUGAGAAUAAACAAGCUAAUGGAAAAACCGGACGUUCCCGUGGUUAUACCAGAGUCUUCCAGAAGAAAGGAGCCAAAGGCACCUCCUGACUUCGUAAGAAACGUUUGGGGAUCCGCUGCUGGUGUUGGAAGUGGGGACUUCCAUAUAUACCGCGGUAUACGGCGAAGAGAGUACGCUCGUUUGGAGUUCAUAGAACAACAGGCUAAGGAGAAAGCCAAGGCUGAUGCCUACAUUGCAGAGCACGAGGCGAAAAACCGCGCUAUCGAAGAAAAAAGAGCAAAAAAACGGGCCAAAAGGCAAAAGCGGAAAGAAGCAAGGAAGCGUAGGCGCAAAGAAGCUACUGACCCCAGAACUACAGAUGACGACAGCAGCGACCAAGAACCCGAACGCACCGAAAGCGAAUCAAAUGAGGUGGGGCCGAACGGUGCUACCGAAGAAGGUGAAAGCCCAGAGUUAGAAUAA